ACGAAGUCCAUGAUUGGGAUUUGCACGUCACUUUUGGACCAAUAGGGCCACCGUUCCAGAUGACUCUCCCAUUUUUUUCCUCUAUUCUGACCGUAAAACGGCGAGCCAAGUACAGAAAUUGUAUAGCCAGAUCAAGAACCCAGCCAAGAUAUAGCCAGCAAGCAAUUGGGUGUGUUUCUGCACAGCAGGCUCAGCAUUCACAAUGAGGACAAUAACAACAUCCUCCUGACAUUUGCAGCAUACACGAAGUGGGUCUGUCGAGGCUCAAGUAAUAGCCAUGGAUACAAGCGACAGUAAGGAUGUGAAGCUCUCGGCUGAGGUUGAGCCCUUCAUCCCUCAGAAGAAAGGCCCGGAAGCUGCCCUGGUUGCCAUGAGCCUGUCUGGCGAGGGUGGAGGGGGCAGCAGUAGCGGUGGGGUGGAGCCCACGGCCAUCCCCAGCUAUCUCAUCACCUGCUACCCCUUCGUCCAGGAGAACCAGCCCAACCGGCAACUCCCCCUGUAUAAUGGAGACAUGAGAUGGCAACAGCCCAACCCCAGCCCUGGAGGCCCCUACCUGGCCUAUCCAAUCCUGUCGUCCCCCCAGCCUCCCGUGUCCAGCGACUACGCCUACUACCAGAUCAUGCCAGCCCCCUGUGCCCCCAUGAUGGGCUUCUACCAGCCCUUCCCCUCUCCUUACGGCGCACCUGUGCCGGCGGGUGUGGUCAAUGCCGUAUCGGCCGACUGCGGCGAUCGGGCGCUGGCUCCGGGCCAGGCCUUUGGCAUGUCUAGCCAGAGGGGAAGGGGUAUUGUCCGCACCGCCGUGCUACCAAAACAACUCUCGCAACCAAUGAGAAGCAAGAGACCCCCAAUGAGGAGUGUGGCUGUGCAGAAGGAGGUCAGCGCCUCCGGUCCUGACGGCAGGGCAAAGACGGUCCUUCUGGUUGACGCAGCCCAGCAGACCGAUUUCCCGGGGGAGAUCUCCGGCAGGUCCCUGUCGGAGAGGGCCAGCCCGCUGCUGUGGAAGAACAAGGCGCGGAGGAGGCGGGCGUCGCAGCCCGCGGGCGAGUCGUCCAGCGAGCACGGCGCCAGCGAGGCGGACAUCGACAGCGACAGCGGCUACUGCAGCCCCAAGCACAACCAGGCGGCCGGAGCUGCCCCGCGGACCAAUGAGCACGCGGCCCCCGCGGGAGUUGAAGCUGGAGUGAUGACGGCUGUGAGCUGGGUAAACGUGGCGUCCCAGGCCACUCAGAAGCCCUGGGUGGACAGAACCUCAGUGUACUACAGAGGAGGGAAAGCACCCGACCAAAGAAAUGGCCCUCAGAUGGACUUCCAGGCGGGGUACCAUGGGCGUGGCUGCGGCAGCUCGUCGGAAAGAGGGUGCGGCCUCCCGAAGAGGCUGCAGGAGGGAACGGUGCAGGCGGCCCCCCCGUUGCCGGGGGCCGAGCUCAACACGGAGCCUCUCUAUUUUGAGGAUGAAGAUGAGUUUCCUGAGCUGGUUUCUGGGGGAGCCGCUCCCCGGAAUAAGCCGGAACAGGCGCAGCCCAAGAUCCCUAAAAACCUGCUGGAGAACCUGCCGGAAAACUCCCCCAUCAGCAUCGUGCAGACGCCCAUCCCCAUCACCACGUCCGUCCCCAAGAGGGCCAAGAGCCAGAGGAAGAAGGCGCUGGCAGCCGCCCUGGCCACGGCACAGGAGUACUCCGAAAUCAGCAUGGAGCAGAAGAAACUUCAGGAGGCGCUGACUAAAGCAGCAGGGAAGAAGAGUAAGACCCCGGUGCAGCUGGACCUGGGGGACAUGCUGGCGGCCCUGGAGAAGCAACAGCAGGCCAUGAAGGCCCGACAGCUCACCAACACCAAGCCCCUCUCCUAUACAGUCGGCACGACCACCCCGUUCCACAGCAAGGACUCGGGCAGCAAGGCGCCCGGGCUGAAGGGCCAGCCCUACGCUGGGCCCCACAACAUCCUGGACUCCAGCGCUCCCCGCAUGAAGAGGGGCAAGGAGAGGGAGGUCCCCAAAGUGAAGAGGCCCACUGCACUGAAAAAGAUCAUUCUGAAAGAGAGAGAGGUGAAGAAGGGCAAGUUCUCUCUGGACCAGGGCGUGGCUGGACCGGAGGACCAGGCCGGCGAGGAGCUCCACUUCACGGAUGAGCUGCCCCGAGAGGGCGUGUCCCAAGAGGACAACAGUCUGAGCAUGCCCAGUGACGCCUCGCUGUCGCCGGCCAGUCAGAACUCCCCGUACAGCAUCACGCCCGUGUCCCAGGGCUCGCCCGCCAGCUCGGGCAUCGGGAGCCCCAUGGCCACCUCCGCCAUCACCAAGAUCCACAGCCGGAGGUUCCGAGAGUACUGUAACCAGGUGCUGAAUAAGGAGAUAGACGAGAGCGUGACGCUGCUGCUGCAGGAGCUGGUGCGCUUUCAGGAGCGCAUUUACCAGAAGGACCCCUCCAAGGCCAAGUCCAAGCGCAGGCUGGUCAUGGGCCUGCGUGAGGUCACCAAGCACAUGAAGCUCCUCAAGAUCAAGUGUGUCAUCAUAUCUCCCAACUGUGAGAAGAUCCAGUCCAAAGGUGGUCUGGACGAAGCCCUGUACAACGUUAUCGCUAUGGCCCGAGAGCAGGAGAUCCCCUUUGUUUUUGCGCUAGGCCGGAAAGCUUUGGGCCGCUGUGUCAACAAACUGGUCCCCGUCAGCGUCGUGGGCAUCUUCAACUUCUCUGGAGCUGAGGGGCUGUUCAAUAGGCUUGUGUCUCUGACUGAGGAGGCCAGGAAGGCCUACAAGGACAUGGUGUCUGCCCUGGAGCAGGAGCAGGCUGAGGAGGCCCUGAAGAAUGUGAAGAAGGUCACGCACCACAUGGGCCACUCACGGAACCCCUCGGCCGCCAGCGCCAUCUCCUUCUGCAGCGUCAUCUCCGAGCCCAUCUCCGAGGUCAACGAGAAGGAGUACGAAACCAACUGGAGGAACAUGGUGGAGAUGCCAGAUGGCCUGGAGGCAGCGGAGAGUGACGGGGGGCCGUGCAGCAGGGCAGCGGCCAAAGAGAGCACGGCGGGGCCCCAAAAGGAAGACGAUGGUCUGCCUGGCCCUGUGCAGACGGCCCCCACUCUGACCCUGACCCCCGCCCCGGCCUCCACGGCCCUCCAGCACGGGAAAGCCGGGGCCCCGCCCGAGAAGGAGGAGGGCAAGACGGACGACCGGCUGGAGUGGGCCUCCCAGCAGAGCACGGAGACGGGCUCCCUGGACGGGAGCUGCCGAGACCUCCUCAACUCCUCCAUCACCAGCACCACCAGCACGCUGGUGCCAGGCAUGCUGGAGGAGGGCGAGGAGGAUGAGGAAGACGAAGACGAGGAGGAGGACUACACCCCGGGGCCCAUCUCGGUGGACGUGCCCCUCAGCAGCCGGAUCGACUCCUGGGUCUCGGAGACGCUGGAGAACCUCCAGCUGGGCAAGAGUCAGGACAGCACGGAGGAAGAGGAGGAGGAAGAGGCUGGCGGACACAGCGAGGAGGAAGGGUUGGAAUCUGCCGAGCUGGCUGAUCCCGGGCUGGAACGCAGCGACCAACCAUUGGAGCCCAAGAGCAUCCCUUGUUGACGGGCGAACCCUCCCAGCCCCUACCGACCAACCAGCGGCUCACCCUCCUGAGGAGGUGUCUAACUCUGCUGUGACAGGAGCUGUGUUAUCUCAGGAAUCCUGCAGACACCAACCAACAGACUAACCAACCAACCAACCAACCAACCAGCUCACCAACCAACCCACCAGUUCUCUUCAUUCUUUUGUUUGUAAAAGUCAUUUUCAUAACGCCAUUGUCACGGGAAAACUGUUCUGUUCGGCCCCUUUUGCACCCCCACAGAAACCUUUCCUAAAUGCUUUUGAAUGACAGCUGUGGGAAUGAGUAAUUUUUCAAAGUUCUAAAUUGCUCAAAUGAGUGAGAGGUCGUGCCCACUUAAUUCGCCGAGUGUCUCAAUACGCCACUCUCAUCCCAACAUUCCAUUCUGUCAACCCUCUGGCUGCACAAUUCUGCCCACCGCUUCGCAUAUCUGCCAGGAACAAUGGGGUUUGGCAGGAGGGAAACUUUCAAAAUGAGAUUCCCCCCCUUUCAUUGGUUUAGAAAUGAGCUCCGCCCUCCCCCCUUACCUCCAGUCUGUAGCACUCAAAGGCUGAUAAAAGCUGUGCCCUUAAAUCACGAUACUGUUGAGCGAUCAUAACUCUACUUACACAUUAAUUUAUUUAUAUGGGUCUUCCAGGAGGUAACACCCUACUUUUUCCCUUGGAGGAAAAUGUAUUGAUGAAAUUAAAAUUAAUCUAGGAAUUUGGAAACUUGGCAACCAGAAGUGAGAAAGAUAAUAAUUCUUAAAACGCCAACAUUGAUUGUUCCCUAUAGAUUU